AUGCAGCUGGAUGCUGACUUGAGACAGGAAAUGGAGAUGGACAGAGAGCUGUGGAACAAGCAUAUUGGCACCGCCUUUGGCCUCGACCUGGACAAGCUGCCGAGGCGAUGGCUUCCUCCGGGCCAUGUCAUGGACUUGUACAGGCACUAUGCCGUCAGUGUUCAUGAAGAAGUGCGAGCCACGUACAAUUUGUUCCUAGCAAGAUUUCAGCAGAAGUGGGCCACGAAGCUCGUUUUCCGAAGCACAACGGACUUUGCUGAAUGUGAUCGAUGUUUCAGCCUCAAAGAGGGUAUCCGCCAGGCAAGAGAUUUGGAUACCAAGAUGGGGUUCGUGUACGACUACAAGAAACACCUAGAGGAUGUACAGCGGGACAGGAGCCUUGAGCAAAUGCUUCAAAGCGAAGAUUGUUUCCUUACCAACAACACACCUGUAUUGUUGGUCCAGACGGACGGAAUGGAUCAAGCAAAGUGGUCGGUCCCCCGACUUUGGGAUCGCCCCAGCAAGGAAAUGGGCUCCGUGGUUAGGCCGCGGAUGAAGGUCCAAGGGGUCUGGAUCCAAAGCGUUUGCUUGCAGCUCUACGUUGCAGAUGUGCAUCUGGCCCAUGACAGUUCCAUGACGGUGGAAGUGACCUGUCCGAUGAAUCAAGAUUUCAUGCCAUUUAGAACGAACUGUGUUGCAGAUAGUCGCCUUGACCUCGAAAAGUCAGCCUCAUUUAUCAAUUUAGGUUCUUGCCAGAUCACUGGAGAAAUGCAAUCAGAUAUUGCAAUCACAUGGCAAAUGUAUGCCAAAGGAGGUGCUGGUGUGGGUGCCUCGUUUGCAUACUUGUUGAUAUGUCUAUCAGGGCCACAUCGGAUCGUCUUCUUGCUUCCAAAGUUCAGAGGUUGA